GACAAGGACUCGCAGUUUUAUCGCUUGGCCGAGCUGGAGCCCAGCCCCGAGCGGGGGGGGGGUCCCCGGGACCCCGAGGAGCUGCAGGAGGCCCUGGGGGUCCUGGCCCAGCUGGGCCCCGACGCUCUGCUGGCCACGGCCCUGCGCAAGCCGCCUGCCCAGCGCACCCAGGACGAGCUGGAGCUGAUCUUUGAGGAGCUGCUGCACAUCAAGGCCGUGGCUCACCUCUCCAACUCGGUGAAGCGGGAGCUGGCCGCCGUGCUCAUGUUCGAGGGUCACCAACGCGCGGAACAAAGGGACAGGAGCGGUGUCACCACCCCGCGGUGCCACCACCCCGCGGUGCCACCACCCCCGCCCCGGUACCUGGUGAUGGCCGGGACCCCCGAGAAGAUCCUGGAGCACCUGCUGGAGUUCAUGCGGCUCGAUGCCACCCUCCACGACCCCGUGGACACGCUGCUGGGGGAUUUCCUGCUCACCUACACCGUGUUCAUGCCGACCUCGCAGCUCUGCCGCGCCCUGCUGCACCAUUUCCGCGCGGAGCCGCUGGAGGGCUCGGAGCAGGACAAGGUCGCUUAUUCCCUGCGGAAAAGGCGCAAAAUCCUGCGCCUCGUGAGCCAGUGGGUGCUGCUCUACGGGCGGCUGCUGCAGGGCGACCGCAGCACCACGGCCCUGCUGCAGAACCUGGCGGACCUGGCGAGCCGGGACCCCCAACUGGGCGGGCUGGGCCAGGAGCAGGGCCAGGAGAGGCGGCGACCGCGAGGUUAUUUGGGGGUUCGGGGGGUGGGGACAGCCCUCACCUGCCGCCUGUCGCAGGUGGAGAUGAUUCACUACAUCGUGGGCCCGCACAAGUCCCACGAGGUGGCCACGGCCAACCUGGCGCGGGUCCUGCGGCGAUUCAAUGAGCUGCAGUUCUGGGUGGCCACCGAGCUGUGCCUGUGCCCCGAGCUGGGCCGGCGAGCGCGGCUCCUGCGCAAAUUCAUCAAACUGGCGGCGCACCUCAAGGAGCAGAAGAAUUUGAAUUCUUUUUUCGCGGUGAUGUUCGGUGUGAGCAACACGGCCGUGACGCGGCUGGCCAAGACCUGGGAGAUGUUGCCCCACAAGAUCCGGAAGCUGCACUCGGCCCUGGAGAGGAUGCUGCUCUGGUCCUGGUGGCCCUGGCUGCUCUCAAUGGCCCCCACUGUGCCCCUGGUGGCCCCCACUGUGCCCCUGGUGGCCCCCACUGUGCCCUUGGUGGCCCCAGCUCUGCCCCUGGUGGCCCCCACUGUGCCCUUGGUGGCCCCCACUGUGCCCCUGGUGGCCCCAGCUCUGCCCUUGGUGGCCCCAACUCUGCCCCUGGUGGCCCCCACUGUGCCCUUGGUGGCCCCCACUGUGCCCCUGGUGGCCCUGGGCUGUCCUGGAGCUGCCCCCCAGGUGAGCUCCGGGCAGGUGAGGGCAGAUCUGUACACGGCCCCGGACUCGUGCGAGGGGCGCUGCGGGGAGCCCUUCAGCGAGGAGGACGAGUGUCAUUGUCACCGCGAGUGUCACAGCCAGCACAACUGCUGCCAGGACCACGAGAGGCACUGCGGGAGCG